AUGCCCCGAGCUGCAAAGCAGGCCAAGCCGUCGCUCCCCUCAAACACCCUCAUCAUUGACAAUGGCGCCUACAAUAUCAAGGCCGGCUUCGCCCCACCAGACAGCUCAACUGAGCCAUCCUGCCGCAUAACCCCAAACUGUAUAGCUCGCGCCCGCGACAGGCGCAUAUGGAUUGGUUCGCAGCUAGAACAAUGCAAGGAUUUUGGCGAGAUGGCCUUCCGGAGGCCAGUCGAGAAAGGCUACAUCGUGAACUGGGAGGGAGAAAAAGCUAUAUGGGACCAUGAGUUCCUGGCUAACGACGCCGCACUUAAAUGUGACCCACAUGACACAACCCUUGUCCUUACCGAAGCACCAAACUCGCCGCAAGCAUUGCAGACCAAUUGCGACCAGAUGGUCUUCGAGGAGUUCGAAUUCGCCUCCUACUACCGCUGCCUCGCACCCGCCCUCAACGCCUAUAAUGACAUUCCCGCCCUAUUCUCCGAUCCAGCCUCCACUUCUUCCGGACCUGUCGAGUCCCUCCUCGUCAUCGACACAGGCUACUCGCACACCACCAUCACGCCGCUCCACCACGGCCGCCCCUUCCACUCUGCCAUCCGGCGACUGACGGUCGGCGGCAAGUUCCUGACGAACCACCUGAAAGAGCUCAUCUCGCUGCGCGCCUACAAUUUCAUGGACGAGACGCACCUAGUCAACGAGAUCAAAGAAGACGUCUGCUUCGUCUCGACCGACUUCGCCCACGACCUCGAGCGCACCUGGAAAGGCAGCAGCAACAACAACAAGACCACGCCAGACACCUCCAUCGUCGUCGACUACGUCCUCCCAGACUACACGGAGCGCCAGCGCGGCUUCGCGCGGCCCCACGACCCCUCGGCCGCCGCCAAGGCGAAGCGCCUGGGCCUCGCGCAGGGCGGCGUGCAGCACCACACGGCGUCCGGCGGCGCGACAUCGUCGGGCAAGACGGAAGACCUGCUGCCGCUCGGCAACGAGCGUUUCGCCGUGCCGGAGCUGCUCUUCCACCCCAACGACAUCGGCCUGCCCGAGCCGGGUCUCCCCGACGCCGUCAUGCAGUCGCUGCAGCAGCUGCCCGAGGGCCUGUGGCCCGGCUUGCUGGCGAACGUCGUCGUCGUCGGUGGCAAUAGCCUGCUGCCGGGUUUCACGGAGAGGUUGGAGAGGGAGCUGCGGGCGAUUGUGCCAGCGGAGUUGCUGGUCCGGGUGGCGAGGCCUGAGGAUCCGGUGACGUUUACGUGGAAGGGCGGGGUGAGGUUGGCCGGGGAGAGGGGAGAGGGGCUGAGGGGGGUGGCUGUGACGAGAGAGGAGUAUUUGGAGAAUGGGAGUGCGUGGGCGGCGAGGAGGUUUGCGGGAGUGGUGUAG